GGUACAUCCCCGUCUUUCAUUCCCAACGCUUCAUGCUCGGGCGGCUGCAGCGACGUUUUUCUAGUUCAAAUUACACCAUUGAUUCCUUCUCUUGUUGUGCGUUUGACAGAAAGGCGGGACGGACGACAGCCACCUCUGUCGUUGGACAAGGGAAUAUCUAUUAGACGGCCUGGACCUGCCAGCGGGAGACACAGUAGCGUGUUUGCCAUGCCAAUCUGCAUAACAAAGGCGGGGGAGCUCACCCCGCGGAGAGCGAGGGGCGUUUCUAGCUCCAGCUGGUCGGGACCAACACAAGGCUGUGCGUACACCAUGGGCCGGCAGGAUGGGGGCAGACGGUGCGUCCUGGUGCUGCUCCUGGCCGGCAUCUGUGUGUGCGCCGAGGCGGCCAGCACCAGACGCUGCACCACCUGCUCACCGCAUACAGUCCAGGACAAGGUGGAGAACGCUCUCAGGUUGGAGCUCAUCAAGAGGCAGAUCCUCGACAGGUUAGGCCUGGACGCCCGGCCCAACAUUACCAAGGCCGUCCCGAGAAAGGCCAUCCACACGGCGCUGAGGAGGCUCCACGCAGAGGACCUCAUCACGCAGGUCACCACGCCUGCUCCCGAAGACCACGACGACGAGCAACAAGAACAUCACGAAGAAGCUCAAACUGUAGAGAUCAUCAGCUUUGCAGAAGCAGCCGACGGCGACCUGGGGCGAGAAUACAUCCAGUUCAAAACAUCGGAUAACGCUGAAACAACAGUUGCGUCGCGAGCGGUGACCUGGGUGUUUCUCAAGCUGUACGCGGAUAAGAUGGCCAUGAGGAAGCCAGUGUCGGUUACAAUCGACCUGGCGCAGGUGAGAUCGGCGGGGCUGGGUCUACAGCAGGUAGAGACCGUGGUGAGAAGGACGCUCUUGAUCACGAGGAGUGGCUGGCACUCCUUCAACGUCGUAGGCGCAUUGAGAGACGUCUUGGAGAACAAGGUGACGUUCCGCGUGCGGUGUUACGGCUGCGGCAGCGUGGUCAAACCGAUGCUGCUCAGCGACGUCGGCGUCAGCGUGCGUCCCGACGUCCUACGGCGGCGGCGAGGGGAGGAAGACGAGGGGAGUCUCCACCACAAACUCGGACACGACGUUGACUUGGACGAAGUCAAGCACCCCCAUCACCCCUUUCUCGUCCUUAGAACGCGUUCAAAGCCUGGGAAGAGAAGAAGUAAAAGACAGGCGGAUAAAGGAGCCUGCAGAAAGCACUCCCUCUUCGUUAGCUUUGAACAGCUCGGCUGGGACGACUGGAUCAUCGCGCCGAUGCCAGGCUACCAGGCAAACUUCUGUGCAGGGGGGUGCCCCUCAGUACAAUAUCCAGAAACAACGGCGUCUUUCCAUGCCUUACUGGGGGAUGAGAAGCGUUUUGACACCCCCUAUUCCACGUACAUCUCACCAUGCUGCACUCCCACAAAAAUGAGCUCUAUUUCAAUGUUGUAUUUUGAUAAAGACAAUAACAUUGUGAAAGCUGACGUUAGAAACAUGGUAGUCGACGAAUGUGGGUGCAAAUAGUUCGUCCGAGGGAAGGGACGCAAAUGAGAACUCAUGGACAGAUACACAGGCAUAUGGACGUCCAAAAGGUGUCUGUUCUUCCUACCCGAUUUUACGCAUUUCAAUUCCUUUUCUGGAAUUCUGAAUUGGAAUUCAAGACCGCCGUAGGGAGCCGUUACCACUUGCGUGGUAUGUAUAUCGCUAUAUUGGCGUGUUGUGUUUUCGCCUCAAAGGCAUGUACAUGUGUGUUUGUUCAAAUGAGAGGUUAUGAGAUAUAUUUGUAAACUAUUUGUAAAACUAGCGACCAAAUGUAUAGUCGUGACGAAAUGCUGCAAUUUGAGCUAUGGUGAGUCAAUUGAACCAACCCUUAAAUUGAAGAUGCAAAGCAGUCUUCUAUGGAUUCGUAUUACUAUUAUUGUGCCGUGCGACAUACGGUCUGGGUCAUUGACCUCUAUUGACAUUAAGGGAACUGAAUAUUAAGAUUUUUUUGAGGAGUGGAAAAGUGUCCGUUUCCUUCUAAAGGCUUUAGAAAAUCUCCACUUUAUUUCAUAGGCAAAGCGAGAACUCCCCCCGUAUAAUCACAUGCAAACUAAAAAAAUAAACCAAAUGCUGGAAACAAACUAGAAAAAAAACUAUGCUUCAGUGGAGAAAAUAGUUAGACUGAGUUUUCCCGUAUUUGAUGACACAGUUGUUCGAAGGCAGCCAGACAAAACUUGCACACAACAAAAGCUGAGGCAUGCGGUGACCCCUGACCGUCUGAAAAGGCAGGCUGGACUGAGCAAACACUGAAGACCAGACGUGUAGAAACCAAUAAUACCCGUCAUACGGAACGCAGACGAGCGGUGAAAAAGCUUCAGGAAUGCCAUUCCCAUUCUGAUGUUUACUUGUCGGCAACGAACAGGGGAUGUCCGCUACCGAGCCAUUUCCCUUUAUGACGAGGGUCAGUGAAAAAUCAACACUGAAAACAAGUCUGGCAACGUGUUAACCUUCUAAAAAAUUAUCAACGGAAAGCGUGUACUAAAGCGUUAGAGAGAGCGACCAAUUCCAGUACCAAAACCAAGGUUAGGUUCGAUACGGUGAGCUGUUUUCAAACAUCCGUGUCUUCGGUUACCGCAACGAGAACCCCAACCAAGGUCGCCCUAAAUCCCCAAACCCACGCGACCUUCUUAACCGAGGGAUCAAAAUAAACUUCAGAAUCCGUGGCUGUAACAACAACUCCCUUGGACUGGGCACCGAUUCGUUUUUAAAGGAAGGAACGUUCGGUCAAAUACAGACAGUGUAAAAGGUAACCACACGAAAAUUACGUUUUGUACACCAGAUCUUGCUGUGUAUGUCUCAUCGUCCACAGAAACAUUUCUGAAAAGAAAGCACAAUCAAAAAACAAAGCAUAGCCUUAAUCACAAUUCUCUCUUUCGCCACUCGCUUACUAUUACAUAAGUAUGGCGGUUAUUGGACUUCUACAAUGCUGGUAUUCGGAUACGCUGCUCUCUACCAUCAUGAAAACGGGGCUCGAGACACAAAGAGAAAGUCUCGCGGCAUUGACUGGAUGUGGAUACGACGCCACACUGCUUAGUACCGGAGCCGAAAGGUGAUGGAUGACACCACAACAGUAUUUUGGCAGGCGGGACAAUAGCUCGAGAUAGGCGGACACUGAUAAGAUUUGGCAGCCAGUGGACAUUGGUUGUAAAGAGGCACGGUAUGUAGUGCGGAGUGAUGAUAAUGAAGUCUGCUAUUUAGGCACUUGCUGUCCCCUAGGGGUGUUGACACACAUGAUGGACCACCCGAUGUGGAGAAUUACCCCCGCUACAGACACCAACAGACAACGUCCAUUAAAAACUGAUAAGGACCCCGACACCAUCAACAACAGCUCUUUACUUUCAAUACAUACCGAAUGUCACUCAUCUACUUUUAGAUAGCAUUGCCUUACAACGAGACAGUAACGUGGAAUGAAGGUUUAUCUGUGCUGGUACGCUACAUACUCAUAGUUUUUACCUUUAUUGUGGUUAUUCAAUACCAAUAUAAAUGACCAAAUUUUCGGACUAAUUUUACGGUGUUGGAUUAAGGUACAAGAUAGCACAAGACAGUAACUGUGUAUGUCGUAAACAGAGACAGUCUUAGUACGAAAUUCGACAUAGUUUUUUUUUUACACGAAGACAGAAUGUGGUAGAUAUUUCCUUUUAGUUACAGUCUUUAUAGUUUGUUACAUUGCUGCUUUAGGCUAUAUUUUCAUUUGCAACCAAUACCCGAUCGCACAGUACUUAUAUCGUGCCAGUUGCUAUAGGAUAUACUAUUUGUUGCUUACUUCUUAGAGUUUUUCAACUUGCCAAUAUUCAACAAUUUGUUAAUAGUCCUUUCCUUUAUAUGUUGCAAUUAACUCACAGAACUUUGGCGGUAGAAAAUCUAGCAAGACAUAAUAAUUACAUUCUGAUUUGGGAACAAAACGUUUGUUAUAGGAAACAACAUCAUCACAUUUAUAUAAUUUAUGUAAGUCUUGCAAAAUGUACUAGUAAUUAGCUUACAAACGAUGUAGUAGAUUCCAAUGCUGUACUGAUAUAGGCCACUGACAAAAUGCAUACAGCAACGUAUCAUUAGAUUCAUUCCUAUUGUUACAUGUUUGAUGCUGUAAAAGCAUUAUGCACAAUAUAAAUCUACGUACAAGUUCCGCAAAAAACUACACAGUGGCUGCUAAAAACGACAUUUUUGUAUGACGAGCAAAUGUUUUGUGGUACUUGACAGUUUGAAUGCUUCUAAUAAAGUGAACUUAAUAAUG